AUGGAUGCCAUCAUUGCUCAAAUUCGCACUUUGGUCCAAUCCGCCGAUGACACCGGUCGAUUGAAGAUCGAAAAGGCUCUUCGUCAUCUCCAAAUGGAGAUUCAAUCUCCAAAGGAUAUUUUGAUGGGAUUUGGGAACUCGAAAAUGCUCAUCGCUAUGCUCCGUCUUGGGGUCGACCUGGGAUUGUUUCGUGAUCUCAGCAAGUCUAAUGAUUCUUUGACUACCAAUCAUCUAGCUGCUGCGUACCAGGCAUCUCCUAGCUUUAUGGAAAGGGUCCUUCGCUAUUUAGCCUCUACCAACAUGAUCAUGGAGGUUGGCCUUGAUGAAUAUAAGGCAAACAGAAUCACCUUCAUGUUAGCUGAUCCCAGGGGCGAGGGUAUGGUCUGUCACGGAUUUGAUGUCUUUGGCCCUGUAGUGCAAGCUAUGCCUGACUUUUUUAUGGAGAAAAAGUAUCAGGAUAUCACCAGUAACACUGACACACCGUUCCAAAAAGCGUUCAACACCAACCUGGCUUGCUUUGACUGGCUUGUUCAGCACCCCAAACAUUUUGGUUCUCUGCAGAAAAUUAUGACCGCACUCGAAGGUGCAGAGUGGACUGUUGGCUUCGAUCUCAUCAAGAUAGAGGCUGAAAGGAUCCCAUCACUGGCUCCAGAGCCAUCCGAGAGGCCGUUUCUCGUGGAUGUCGGUGGUGGCCAGGGUCAUCAGUGUGUUCAGCUGGGGAAGGUAUUUCCCAAUCUUCUUGGACGUCUUGUUCUGCAAGAUCUGCCCGAGGCACUUAAUAGCCUGCCUCCUAUAGACGGCGUCAGGGCUGAAGCCUACGACUUUUUCCAGAAACAACCCAUUACUGAUGCGAAAUUCUAUUACCUGCGAAGGAUCAUGCACGACUGGCCCGACAAGGAGGCUGCUUCCAUUCUUCGGAAUACCGCUAGUGUCAUGGCACCAGAUGCUCGUAUUCUCAUUGACGAUGUUGUUUUGCCAACCAGAGGGGCUCAUUGGCAAGCUACCAUGGCGGAUCUAUCAAUGAUGUUCGCCUUUGGUGGGAAAGAACGAUCUAAACAACAGUGGGAUUCAUUGGCAGAGCUCGCGGGUCUGCGAGUCGAACAGAUCCAUACAUAUAUCGCCUCCACCUACACGUCCAUUGUGGUUCUUGCUCGGAAGUAA